CAUUGUGAUCUCCUUUCUAGAAUCCUAUAUUUUUGAAAGCCAGCUUUUAGAUUAUCAAUACAAAAUGGAUGUCCCUAAAUCAGUUGAGAUGGCUUCAUAUCUGGUGCCUUAUAAGGGCUAUGCCUUCACUGAAGAUUUUACAUCAGAUUUGCAGGUUUUGCCAGAGAAGAAAGGAAAGAGAUCCUCACAGUUACCACUAGCUCCCUCAAUGAUAUACUUGUCUCCUUGUACCUCAGAGGCAUCUUUAAAAAUGUUUGAUUUCCUUCUCCAAGGUGGAACUCAUGACUUAGAAGAACAAGAUAAAGCUAAGAUGUAUGAAAUUAUUGUGACCAAAGAUAUGAAAUAUAAGCCUGAGCCCAAACCUGCAGCACCAGCUAUGUUGGAAAUGCCAUUGUUUGGUGUUUCUCCAUCUCCAUCUUUUAUUGAAGAGUCACUUGAGACAACUACGCAGCAGGAAGAGCAGACAACUGAUAACUUGACUGCGUUAUCCAUAGAGGAGCCAUUAAAUAGCACACAGCAGGAGCAAACUUGCGAAGAAACAUCUCCAAAAGAACCAGAAAUAAUUCCAAAGCAGUCUUACUGUUUGCAUAAAAAGAUAAAAUCAGAUCCAAAUAUUUGUACAUAUUCUUACAUAUUUGAAGGAAAGUUGGAAAAGUAUCCUGGAAAAGACAAACCGCACAGGAGAGAAACGUAUCCUAAGGAGAAGAUGAUUUUUGAAGAAAAAGUCACAUACUCAAGCUUGACUGAAAUACAGAAAAGAAAACAAGAGCUCAAGAAGCAUAAGCCAAGGAAGCUAGGCAAAAGAGGAAAAGUUGGUCUCAAGAAGAAGCGGUUGCCGAAACAUAGGAAACCUUUUUCUGCAACAACGGGUUCCGGAAGAUCACGAGACAUCACUUGUAGCAUACGGCCUCGAUCAGCUCAUUCUGCAACUUAUGUUGGACAAAAAGUGUUCCCUGCCCUUGGACGUCAGGCAUUAUCACCUACUGAAAAAAGGCCAUUUUCAAGAAAUAAAACAGAACAACAGUACAAUGAAGGUUAUAAAUUCUCUAAGGAAAAAGAUAUAAGAGUGGUGUUCUUGAGGAAGGAAAAUGAACGGAUUCAGCAAGUGGAGGAACAAAGUUUGACACAAGAAUUUGAAAAAAAAUUGUCUUCUCACAGACACUGUUUCACACCUAACAACUCUCAGCAAUAUCAAAGUUUAGAAUAUUCCAAGAUUGUAUCUGAUUCAUUUUUUGCUCUGAUGAAGCCUUUCAAACAAUAUCAAAGACGCCCAUAUACCGUGAUGGAAGAAAGUACCAUUAACCUUCCUAGGGACUUUCCUUACAGACUGGCCUGGGGGACGCCAACCACUCAAGAUCUGAACAUAAAACUUUAUCAUCCCAAGCUGAAAUUCAGAAAGGAACAAGGAACAAGCAAAGUGAUUCAAGAAAGAACUUUGCAACCAACCAGAUCAAUUCCGGACAAAGGGAGAUACAUCUUAGUGAACGACCCAAAUUCAUCACCUUCAGCUCCUGUUAUGAGUUCACUGGAAAGCAGGCUGCUCAGUGCCCGUUUCCCUGCGCAGAGAGAAAGGGUUCUUCGUUCUCUCUUCUGAGAUAUGCAGGAACCCAAGUAGUCUUACCCAUUUCUUUCACCAGCUUCGGUGUAGCCAAUAAGCCAUUUUCAACAUCUUUACUUCUUGCAUAUCUUCACUAGGUAAUAAUGCGUAGGUAAAAGCACACUCUUCAUGCAUUUCCCCCCAAACCAAUCUAACAGUGCCUUCUCCCUUUAUAGUAUUUGAACAAAUUAGCCAGGUUUGAUUUGCCAUGCAAUAACACCAAUAUCUGAACCUCCACAUUUCAUUGUGUAGUGUGAAUUCUUUUACGUUGUAUUUUUUGCACCUUUUAAUCUAUUCUUACAUGAAUAUUUUUUCAGUGACGUAGUUUUUGAAGGAGUAACAGCAGAUCAAAAUAUUCAGUUUUUUUUCUUUUUCCGAUAUGGUGUGUACUGCACUUUCUCAUACCUGCAAAGACAGGAUUAACUCUCUGUGGUGUUUCUGUAGCCGUAUCAACAUGUUUUUGGUAAACUGGUGAUCUGUUCAUUUACAGUCCAAUCUUCCUUGAGGAUUAAUUAAUAACUAGUUUUAGUUACUACUAAGUGAGAUGCUGGGGUUAAGAUUAGGCUUAGUGAAUCCUGAAACGGGAGUCACUUUAAAAUUGAGACAGCUCACAAACUGCUGAAGCCUGCAUAUACAGAUUUCUUACCCUCUUAUCAAUGCAUUGGAACCUAUGUCUUUAAAAUGUCUUAUUGCACUUUAAUUCAAGAGAUGUGAGUUGGUAGCCAAACCUUAAAUAAGACCAUACCCAGUUUUGUAAUUUUGCUAAACCAAUAAAUGAUGCAUUUAAAAUUA